AUGUUCGAGCUGUAUGACGAGAACUGGUUCGGAAACCAGAUCUUGCGUCCAGUCACAAAAGACGUGGGAAAUAUUCGCAUUCGACCAGCGACAUUAGAAGACCUCCCCCACGUUGCGGACAUCCUCGCCGUGGCGAUGCUCAACGAGGAAGUCUCCGCGUUCCUAUACCCCGAACGUCAACGGUACUUCUCCCACUAUCGCGACAGCCUGUUGCGGCGAUUGAAACAACAGAACGUCACUCCUGGUUGGGUCCUCUGCGUGGCUGUUCAGCGCGAGAACUUCCGUUCAACAGAGGAUGGGGAAGGUCUGGACAAGAGCCUAGACAAACAACGACUCGCAGACUACAAUUCCGGCUCGAUGGCAUGCUUCCCCUUCGAGAAAUAUCGGGACCUGUGGUAUCUCGAAAACGUGGCCGUCCACCCUGCCUACCAGCACCGUGGCAUCGGUCGGCUUCUGGUCCAGUGGGGCAUGGAACACGCUGACAUCGAAUGUGUGCCCGUUGGUCUGGAAGCCAGGGCAACUGUCAAGGGGAUGAAGCUGUGGGAUGAGCUUGGAUUCAUCCCGGUCAACGAGACAGAGACUACAUGUGGUAAUGUGCGGCUGCGGGCCAUGCUAUGGGAUGCUAUUUACCUGAUUGACUAG